AUGGGUCUCACCAAGGCCGAAAACUCACCGGGCCUCUCGUUCGAAUUCAACAACCCUCGCCAGCGCCAUUCUCCUGGCGAUGUGAUCAGUGGCCGAGUGGUCCUGAACACCGCUGCCGACAGUGCGAUUGGCAGAUUGGUGGUUUCAUUCUGGGGCCGGGCAAAGUCACGGAUCAUCCAGCAACAUGGCCAGAGCGUCACCUACCACCGAGGUCGGACACAGUUCUUCAAACAGGAGUUGCUUCUCUACGAAGGUCAAUACACCCACAAGCCCGGAUCCUUCAGCUGGCCGUUUGAAUUCGUAGUCCCUGAACAGGCGGAUGCGACGAGCAUCUUGAGCGGUGAGAAGUGGAAGCCGAAGGACCACUAUCGAGCGACCACGGAUGAGAACGGCCUCGAUCUCACGCUUCCACCCUCAUGCUAUCACAGAAGACACAUGUUUGGCCGGCAGGCGGAAUGUUUCAUCGAGUAUGUUCUCGAGGCGACGCUUACCGAGCCAGAAGGUCUGCACCAUAUCCGUGGACCUCAGAGCAAGGUAUCCAGCUAUCCGAUUAUCUUCCAACCCUUGUCCACCCCAGAACCCAUUGAGAACUACGGUCUGGUCACUGACCAACGCCUCUUUACCAUCGCAACGUUGAAGCUUCUCCCUGAACAUGCUGGCACCAGCCUGGGUUUGAGGGAUCGUGCCCGAUCCAUCUUUCAGCGGGACUCUAUUCCCAAGUUUUCAUUCAAUUUGACUGUCCAGGCACCUAGCAUCAUCCAGCUCUUCCACCCGAACCCCAUUCCGUUUUUGAUCACCGCGACACCGGACCUGUCACCUGAAAACACGACCAUUGACACUUCGACGUCGCUCCCCACGGUGAUUCUUCGCUCCGCAAAAAUCGAACUGAAGACGCACAUUCGGUGCCGCGCCGCGGGGACGUUUGCAGACACCAAAACCUACGAAAUUCCAGUAUUGCCAGAGAAGGCAUUAAAUCAACCCCUGACCAUGGCGCAUGGCAGAACCACUGCUGUGGAAGCGACGCUUGACCUCGGGAAGUUGUGCGAUCUCCAUCUGGGUAAUGCGAAGCUGGGUUCUCGCCUCGAGACACCCAUGUGCCCAAACUUCACGACCUACAAUGUCUCGAGAUCAUAUCAUCUCUUGUGGGAGCUGGAGGUUGAGUGCGCCGAGAAGACGGAAAAAUUCUCGUCGGUCAAAAACGGUCCAGAAGUGUCUAUCAUUUUGCCCCCAGCUACGGUACGCGUGGACAGUGAAUUAGACACCAAUCUGCGUCUGGGCGGAGACCUCAUGCAAGCUCUGUCAACAGAGAGCACAGGAUCUGGAUCCAGUUCGGGAUUCUGGUCUCGCCGGAGCCACGAAGCCCGGGUUGGAGGGGAGAAGGAGAAACCAAAGAUUGGGACGCCGAAUCCCUCGGGCAUCGGAGCCGAGCUGAGGGGUCUGAACAUUAGUGACGACAAGAAAGCCAGUCAAUCUAAAGCCGAAGAGGCAGCUGAGGACCGAGCACGCGCACGUCUUGAGGAAGUGCAAGCGGUGUAUCAAGGCCGUCUUCAAGGGUCACUCGGAAGAGGAGUCGGGGAUAUUGAUGACGCUGCAACAGAUGCCUACCCCUUGGCGACAGAUCCGAGUCUCCCUGCCACCACCAGACCAGAAGCAGCCACGGUCGCUGUGACAGACACGGAUGCGGACCAGCAACUACCGAGAUAUGUCCCAUAA